CCGGUCAGAGUCGGCCCGUGCUCCGCUGGUGUCCGCGGGCACACCGACGGCAGCGACCGACGGCCGUGAUCAGAUCACCUGGACUGAGCACACAGCGAGACUCCCUGAGGGAACCGACCGCACCCGCGGCCGGGAAACAGACUACAGGAUGGGGAUUGCAACCAAGCUGUUGGUCUUCUACGUACUUAUGGCGACAUCGACAUGCCAAGACCCAUACAUCAAUCAGCCGCGGCUGAUCAGCCGGGACGGUCACCUGGAGAUCCGUCCGGCACUGCACCGGAACGUCAGCAUCGUCACCUCCGGCUCCGGCCGGAUCAACCUCAACCAGGUCGACCUCAACGAGCUCGUCGACAGGACGUACCGCAGCCUGCAGCUGGCAGGCGGCGGCGGCGGCGGCGGCUGGAGCGGCGGCAGCCUCCCGGCGAACCUGCAGCUGCGUCUGGAGCAGCUUGAACAGGCCGUGCAGCAGAUGCACGGCUCAGACACAGCCGCCACGCAGCAACCCAUCCUGCCCGGAUCACUCGCAGCCAGGGUGUCUCGUCUGGAGCAGACUGUACGGCAGAUGGAGCAGCAGCUUCAGACUGACGAGUGUGCUAGUAACCCGUGCCAACACGGCGGCACAUGCGUGGACCGCUACGGAGGCUACCAGUGCCGCUGUCCGCCCAACUGGCAGGGCUCGAACUGUGAGCUGGAUGUGAACGAGUGCACGCAACUGGCCGGUACGGAUCUGGGCUGUCAGAACGGCGCCACGUGCACCAACACGGCCGGAGGCUACAGUUGUCAGUGCACGUCCGGCUGGUACGGCACCGACUGCACGGAACGGACCGGCAACUGCACGCGCUCCAACGAAUGGCAACUGUGCGGACACGGCACCUGCGUCAACCAGGCUGACGGACACAAGUGCAUCUGCCAGCAGGGCUGGAAGCAGCCGGCGGGCGCCGACCCCAGCGCUCCCUGUUCUGAGGACGUGGACGAGUGCCAGGCCAGCCGACCGGCGUGCUCCCACGACCCGCCGGUGCCCUGCAUCAACACCCCGGGCUCCUUCCGCUGCGGAAACUGUCCCGCAGGAUACAUCGGGAACGGUUUCUACUGCACCGAUAUUGACGAGUGUCUGCAGAUGAAUGGUGGCUGCAGCAUGAACCCCAUGGUGGACUGCAUCAACACCAGGGGCGGCCGUCGGUGCGGGCCCUGCCCACCCGGUUACCAGGGUAACGGUCAGUACUGUCAGCUGGCCUCCGGGGGACUGUGCAGCGUCAAUAACGGCGGCUGUCACCCGCUGGCCACCUGCUACCACAACCCAGCCAUCUCCAGCAGUCACGUGCAGUGCACGUGUCCAGCCGGCUACUCGGGCUCCGGAGUCGGUCCGGCCGGCUGCUAUCAGAUGGCCGGUAGCGCUGGCAUCACGUGCGCCAGCCGGCCGUGUGUGCGCGGCACGUGCACGGACGGCGCCGCCGGCCGGGGCUUCACCUGCAGCUGCCCAGCUGGAUACACGGGUCUGCGCUGUGAGGCCGACAUAGACGAGUGCGUCGCCAGCCCGUGUCAGAACGGCGGCACGUGCACCAACACGGUGGGCUCCUUCAGCUGCAGCUGCACGGGCGACUUCACAGGCAACGUCUGCCAGACCAGGCAGCAAGCCUGCGGCGGGGUGCUGGGCUCGCCUGGGGCGAUAACGUUCCCCCACACGGGUGCCAUCUACACCCACAACACGGACUGUGGGUGGCUGCUGCGCGCGCCGCACGGCAAGGUCAUCAACGUCACCUUCACCCGCUUCCACCUGGAGAAUGCGCCCAGCUGCACCUUCGACUGGCUUCAGCUCCAUGACGGCGCCAACAGCCUAGCGCCGGUGAUCGGCGGCGGCCGGUUCUGUGGCACGCGCGCCCCCGGCGGCGGCAGCAUCGUCACCACGCACAACCUGCUCUACAUGUGGUUCCACUCGGACCACAGCGAGGCGCACAGCGGCUUCGCCAUGCACUGGAACGCCACCGACCCACAGUGCGGAGGCGAGCUGACCGAUCCGUACGGCAGUAUCAACUCGCCGGGCUACCCGGGUCAGUACCCGCACAGCCGGGACUGCGUCUGGACCGUGGAGGCGCCACUCGGCCGCCGACUGCAGUUCCAGUUCGCCGUACUGCGGCUGGAGCACCACGAGAACUGCAGCUACGAUUACUUGGAGGUCAGUCAGUCGGUCCGCGACGGUUACACGGAGGGCGCGCCGCUGCUGCAGCGCUACUGCAGCACCACCCUGCCGGCGCCCAUCACCACCUCCGGCCCGUACGCCUGGUUCCGCUUCCACACAGACGCCAGCGCCUCCGACCAGGGCUUCCACAUCACCUACUCGCAGAUACCCGGGAUCCCUGGCUGUGGCGGUGACCUGGUCGGCGAGCGGGGCACCCUGUCGACCCCGACCCACGCCGAGCGCUACCACCACAACAUGGACUGCGAGUGGAGGAUCCGCGUCCCCGCCGGAGAGAGGGUGCAGCUGGUCGUGGACCACUUCGAACUGGAAUUCAGCCGUAACUGCAUCUUUGACUUCGUGGAGAUCCGGGACGGACCGGACCCGGACAGUCCGCUGGUUGGCCGGUACUGCGGCAGAGAGUCCGUGCCGCCGCCGGUGGUCGGCACCUCCAACCAGCUCUACGUCCGCUUCUUCUCCGACAUCAGCAUCGCCCACGGCGGCUUCUCGGCCACCUACGACAUACUGUGUGGUGGUAUUUACGCGGAGCCUACUGGAUCGUUCCACUCACCAAACUACCCGCAGCCGUACCCGCACAACAAGCAGUGCGGCUACCUGAUCAGCCAGCCGGUGGGCAGCAUCGUGUCACUGCAGUUCACAGACUUUCGGAUCGAGAACCACUUCAGAUGCGCUUACGACUACGUGGAGGUGUUUGACGGAAAGGACGCCACAUUCCCAUCACUGGGGAAGUUUUGCGACGAGCCGCCGCCAAACCUUGUGUCGACUCACAACCAGAUGUAUGUCGUCUUCUCUACCGACGCCUCUGUGACCAACUACGGAUUCGUGGCCAACUAUACUGCCAUCGACAUCGGCUGCGGCGGGAUUCUGGAGGAGGAGCACGGCACGUUCACGUCUCCGACACACCCGGAGCAGUACCCGAACGGCGUGGAGUGCAGCUGGGUCAUCCACCGGCCGCCCGGUCAGGUGAUUCGGCUCACGUGGCUGGCGUUCUCCCUGGAGCGGCCCACCCGCGACGGCCACUGCUACGACACGGUGACGGUGUACGACAACAGCUCGGCGGCGGCCCUCUCCAGCAACAACGUGAUCGGCCACAGACCAUACUGCGGUUCUCAGCUUCCGCCGACAAUGACCACGAUGGGUAACAUCAUGACGAUCAAGUUCCGCGCGGACGAGUCAAUCACCGGCGAAGGCUUCUCGGCCUCAUACGCAUCCAUCAACGCCAGCACCAUGUGCGGCGGAUCGUACCACACCGCGUACGGCGAGAUCACCUCUCCCAAUUUCCCCUACAACUACCCGCCGAGCAAGGAUUGCGUCUGGACCAUCGAGGCGCCGGCUAACCAGCAGAUCAUGCUGAACUUCUCCCAUUUCCACCUGGAGGAACACCCGAACUGCCGCUACGACUACUUGGAAAUACGGAACGGAGCCGCUGAGUCGGCGCCCCUGGUCGGCCGGUUCUGCGGCGUCACCGUGCCGCCCCGGAUCACCUCCCACGCGCACAGCCUGUUCCUGCGGUUACACACCGACUCGUCCAUGGCCGGUGCCGGCUUCCGGGUUACCUGGGACGCCACCGCCACAGGGUGCGGCGGUCAGCUGACAGGGCCCGAGGGCAGCUUCACGUCGCCCGGCUACCCGCAGCCGUAUGCCCAUAACGCCGAGUGCACCUGGGUCAUCGCCGGGAACGCCGGCAGCAAGGUCCGACUCUCCAUCCUCGACCUGGACCUGGAGACCGCCACCAACUGUCGGUUCGACUUCCUCGAGGUGUACGAUGGCGUCGGUCGGUCGGCGGUGCUGAAGCACCGACUCUGUGACACGGCCCCGCUGGAUGUCAUAGAGAGCACGACCAACCUGAUGACCAUCCGAAUGGUCACCGACAUCUCUCUCAACGGCCGCGGCUUCCACGCCCGCUACAGAGUCGAUUGCAACAACGUGGUGACGGGUCAUCGGGGAGUCAUCGAGUCCCCGAACUUCCCGAACCGGUACCCGCACGACCGAGACUGCACAUGGACCAUCAAGGCGCCGCGCGGUAACGCGCUCAACAUCUCCUUCUCUCACUUUGACGUGGAAGAUCCGAUCUCGUCCGGAUGCGAGUACGACUUUCUGGAGAUCAAGGAGGGGGAUGACGACGAGGUUCCGACGCCGAUUGGCUCCCACAUGUGCGGCACUGGCUACCUGCCGGAGCCCAUAUCGACCAACAAGAGCAUCGCCUACGUGAGGUUCAAGUCGGACGCCUCCGUGGCCCACAACGGCUUCAGACUGGAGUGGAUGGUGAAUGGUUGUGGCGGCCUUCUAACGGAGAAGCGAGGCUUCUUCCAGUCUCCCAAUUAUCCUGGCCAGUACCCGAGCAACACGGACUGUGAGUGGCGGAUUCGGGUGCCACCAGGCAACAGCAUCCAGCUCACCAUCGACCGGUAUGACAUCGAGGCCAUCCACGACUGCAUCUUCGACUCUCUGAAGGUGUACGGAGGUCCCGACGUCACAGCGCCGCUGCUGGUCAGCCUGUGCCACCACCAGGCCUCCAGCACCGUGGUCACGUCACAGGGGAACACCAUGCUGGUCCGGUUCAGCAGCGACAGCUCCGUCACCGGCUCCGGCUUCCACGCCCGCUACCGGAGACGCAGAAACGGCUGCGGCGGUCGCUUCACGGCCAUGAGUGGCUCAAUUCACUCGCCAAACUACCCGCAAGUGUAUGACGACCACGCCGACUGCGUGUGGCGUAUCCGGGUCAAACCUCACCACAACAUCAAACUGACCUUCGAGGACUUCGACGUGGAACCGCACAACAACUGCUCGUACGACCACGUGGAGGUGCGGGACGGCUACUCACGCCGCUCGCCCCUGCUGCUCCAACACUGCGGAAACGAGGUCCCCCAACCGCCUACCAUCGUCUCCACCAGUAACUGGAUGUACAUCCGACUCAAGGCAGACGGAUCGCGAACGGCCAAGGGCUUCCUGGCAAAGUACACCAUGGGCUGCGGCGGAAUCAUAAACGUCACGUCUUACUCUCAAGUGAUCAGUUCGCCCCACUACCCUGUGGAGCUCACGGGCGGCCUGAACUGCAGCUGGACUCUGCAGACCAUGGAUCCCGGGAGUCACGUGUGGCUGCAGUUCACGGCACUGUCCAUGUACGGCCAGCUGGGGCCCGUCAACUGCUCCACCGACUACCUGGAGGUCCGCGAGGGCGCCGGCCCGGACGCGCCGCUGAAGCACCGCUACUGCGCCGGCGCGCGGGUCCCCCCGGCUCUCACCUCGCGCGGCAGGGCGCUCCAGCUGCGACUGCAGGUCUCCGAGACGGUGGUGGUUCGCUUCAGCGCCACAUUCAACAACAUCUCCACGGGUUGCGGCGGCACGCUGUUCUCACAGACGGGCAUGCUGGCCUCGCCGGGCUACCCGGACAGCUACCCCAACGACGUGGACUGCUGGUGGCGGAUCGGCGCCGCCCGCGGCAACGGCAUCCAGCUCAGCUUCCACGCCUUCGACCUGGAGGCCACCGACAACUGCAACGGCGACUACCUGGAGAUCCGUGAGGCGCGCAGGACGGGCCCUCUGCUCGGCCACGUCUGCGGCUCCACAGCACCCACCAACAUCAGCUCCAACAGCACCAUGUACGUGCGCUUCCACACCAACGGCGCCGGCACCAGCUCCGGCUUCCUCGCCGAGUUCUCACUAGCCCACUACAUGGAGCUGACUGGCAAUUCCGGUAUCAUCCGGUCGCCUCUGUACCCCAUGAAAUACAUGCAGCGGGAUCGGUUCAGCUGGCGAAUCAGCGUCGACAUCGGAAACUUCAUCCAGCUGAACUUCAUACGACAGGCGAUAGAUUUCGCACCGUUCGGCGGCGGCUGUCGCUCGUACCUCAAGAUAUACGACGGCUCGGACAGCACGGCCGAGCCGCUGACGGGCAGCGUUUGCGGCGUGGAGGCCCACGAGCCGGUGGUGUCCACCACCAACGAGCUGUUUGUCGAGUUCGUAAGCAACCCGCGCUACGCCGGCUCCCUGUUCACACUGUUCUGGCGGCGGCUGAGCGAGGCGCCCGCGCCCGGACAACUAUCGGGCAUAGACGGCGAGGACUGCUCGUACUCGCUGUACCUGGAGGAGGGGAACCGGACCUUGGUGACGUCCCCCGGCUUCCCGGGCGGUUACGAGAGCGGUCCCACCUGCCGGUGGACGGUCACCUCGGACCCGCACCGGCGCGUCCGGCUCACCGUCAACACGAUGGAGCUCUACAACUACUACCAGUGCUCAGCCGACAAUCUCACCGUCUACGACGGGUACCAGGGCCUGGCCGACUGGAGGCCGCUCUCCACGCUGUGCCACCGCUCCGACAGGAACACUGUUCUGACGUCCAGCGGCAGUCAGAUGCAGCUGGCCUUCUUCAGGGAGCGCUUCUACCACCGCAGGAGCACGGCCGGAUUCAACGUCACGCUCGACACCGUUUGCGGCGGCUUCCUGCGCGCUCCGAACGGUGUCAUCCAGAGUCCGGGGUACCCGGCGCGCGCCAACGGCACACUGACCUGCGAGUGGACGGUGCUGGUGCCGAUCGGCAACCAGAUCCAGGUCCGGCUGACCCAGCUCGACAUCCCCGGAGAUCCGAGCACCUGCGAACACGGAUACGUCGUGAUCCGCAACGGCGACCAGGUGGACUCGCCGUACCUGGGCUCGGGCCGGUUCUGCGGCACCAGCCGGCCGUCGCUGCCCGACACGUCCAGUCACCGGCUGCACGUGAAGCUGGUGCUGACGCCCGGCUCGGACGGCACUGGCGGCCUGCUGCGGCUCACCUACCGCUCGGCGGCUACGUGCGGCGGCCAGCUGGUGCUCAGCGACCAACAGCCGGCGCUCACCAUCAGUACGCCCAACUACCCCAACAUCCCGCCGGCCUACUCGGCGUGCCAGUGGUCGGCCGUGGCGCCCGCCUCCAGGGCCGUCCAGGUCGACUUCAUCGACUCGUUCGACAUCACUACGUCGUUCAGAUGUCGACAGGCCUAUGUGGAGGUGCGGGACGGCGGCACCAUGAUGGCCGAGCGUAUCGGUCGGCGCUACUGCUCCGACCGGCUGCCGCCCACCAUCGUCACCACCGGCAACGCGGCGCUCAUCAACUAUUACACCAACACCAGCGAGCCGCGCGGCGGCUUCCGCGCCCGCGUCGCCAUCGCCACAUGUGGCGGUACGUUCCGCGGCCGGAGGGGCACCCUGAACGUGCUGAACGGUCAGUACGAGACCAACAUGAACUGCAGCUACCACAUCCUGGGACCGGAGGGCCACUCGAUGCGCGUCUGGUUCCCCACCAUGGACAUGGAAGAGAGUCCCAACUGCACCAGCGACUACGUGCAAGUGCGCGACUUCAACAGCACAGGAGAGGUGCUGGCGCGGUACUGCGGCAGCCGCAGGGUCCGCGCCGUCACCAGUUCGGCCAACUCUGUGUUCAUCACCGUGGUCACUGACGGACAGCGCACGCAGAAUCGCGGCUUCGUGCUCAAGUUCCGCGCCAGUCUGGACGGCUGCGGUGGCUGGUUGCAGGCCUCUUCCGGCGUGAUCGAGAGCCCGGGCUACCCCCACGGGGUGCCGCGCCGUCGCCGGUGCAUCUGGCGAAUCUACGCUCCGGCCGGCCGCCGAAUCAAGCUCUCCACCACCGACUGGCAGCUGCCAGCGAACGCGCGCAACAGAGUCGGCAACUGCCGCACAGGGCUCUUCGCUGUUGACGGCUUUUCGAACGGUUCUCCCCACCUGAAUUUCACCGACACGGACUAUGUCUACUGCGGCGACUCGGCGCCGCCAGCCAUCAGCUCCAGCGGCAACCAGCUGGCGCUGGUGUUCAUUUCACGCGUGGGCAGCGGCGCAGCGCGCGGAUUCCAGAUUCAGUACACCACCGACGAGCCGGCACUGUGCGGCGGCGAGGUGACGAGCGCUGCCGGCUGGCUGGCGUCGCCCCUGUUCCCGCGGCCGUUCGCCGGCUCGGCCGAGUGCCGGUGGCACCUGACGCUCUCGGACGCCGCCAACGCCACCGCUCUCGUCACGUUCAACGCCUUCUCUCUUAAUGACUGUUCCGCGUCGCGCAUCACGGCCGAGCCAGACUAUCUUCAAUAUGAAACGGAAAAGGUGUGCGGAAAUGCAACCAUUCCUCCGCCUCUGCAUAUUCCAUUCACCGACUUCACGCUAACGUAUCGGACGCAGGGUGGUUACUGGCCGACGCACUUUAACCUGACGUACUCGGUGAGGCCGUGCGGCGGCGUGGUGACUGGUCCCGGAGUUCAGCUCUUCUCGCCUGGCUACCCGGACAACUAUCCCAACAGCAUGGACUGCGCCUGGCUGGUCACCUUCGAGGACGGCUCCGCCCGGGUGCGGUUCUCGUGGUAUGAGCUGGGCCCCGGUGAUUACAUCUCAGUGCUGAACGGGCCGGGUUCGACGGCGCCGCAGCUGGCCCGGCUGACGGGCAGCCACCCGGCUGGUGGUGAGCCGGUGGUGAUGCACGGCCAGAGCCGCUACAUGCUGGUGGUGUUCCACAGCGACGGCUCCGGCCAGCACCGCGGCUUCCUGGCCGAGACCGAGUCAGGCUGCGGCGGCGUGUACCACACCACGCACGGUGCGGUGACGUCGCCCGGUUUUCCGUCCGACUACUUACCCUCGUCCGAGUGCGAGUGGGAGGUGCGCGCCCAGCCCGGGUUCCGGCUGCAGCUCACCUUCACAAACACCUUCGACAUGGAGACCAGCGACGACUGCCAGAACGACUUUGUGGAGAUAUGGGAGAAGGUUGAUGGUCAGUACCUCAGCAUCGGAAAGUUCUGUGGAAAGACCGUGCCUCCUCCGAUUCUCAGCACCAGAAACGAAGUCAAAAUAAGGUUCAAGUCCGACGCCAAUGAACAUAACGGAAACGGAUUCCGGUUGGGCUGGAGCACCUUGUGCGGAGAGGACUUCAACUCCACCAGCGGGUCCUUCCGCUCGCCCAACUACCCGCAAAACUACCCAGACUACCUCAACUGUGUGUACCGUAUCAUGGCCCGGCCCGGGGACUACGUCGAUCUGAGCUUCGUCGACCAGUUCAUGAUCGAAGACGAGAGCGAGUGUCGCUACGACCGGCUGUCGGUGUUCGCCGGUAACAGCACGGACGGCACGGCUCUGGUCAGCACGUGUGGCGACCGCAGGCCGAGCGGUCUGACCGUGCGCGGUCCCGUCACCGUUCUCUUCACCACCGACCACUCCAUAGGAGCCGCCGGCUGGCAGGCCGAGUUCUCCGUGUCAGAGUGCGGCGGGACGGUGACCGAGCCGGGCGUGAUCCAGUCGCAGAACCACCCGGACACCUACCACCACGACACCAACUGCAGCUGGCUGGUCACAGCGCCGCCCGGGAAGGUGGUCCUCGUCAGGUUCAUGUACCUCGACCUGGAACUUGCGUACGACUGCCGGUAUGAUUCGGUGUCCGUCUUUGAAGACACUUGGCCGAACCCGACCAAACUGGUUGACAAGUACUGCGGAGACAUGAACCAAAAUCCGCCGCAUGUCAUCACCUCCUCCAGACAGGCGCUCAUCCAGUUCGUCACGGACAGGAGCGUGGCACGAGGAGGCUUCCGGGCGGCGGUUCUCUUCUCCAUCGGUCCCGACCAGAACUGCGGUGGCGACAAGACGGUCAGCGGCUCGUCGACACUCACACUGCGCUCCCCAGACACGGACAGUGACGGCGCGUACGACGACAACCUCGACUGUCGCUGGGUGGUGCGCGGGGACGCGGGCCGCGUGCUCCGGCUGACCCUACAGCAGCCCUUCAACAUCGAGGUCAACGGCUCCAGCUCCGUCUCCUGUCCGUACGACUACCUCGAGGUCCGCGACGGCUCCAGCCCCGUGUCUCCGCUGAUCGACCGCUACUGCGGCUCCCAGCUGCCGCCGGCCAUCACUGCCUCCUCCAACGAGCUCUUCAUCAAGUUCUACUCGGACGGAGAGGUGCACCGCUCCGGCUUCUCCGCACAAAUCACAAACGUCGACUCGGUGUGCGGCCGGACCCAGUUGGAGGCGACGGACACGCCACAGACCCUGCAGUCGCCCAACCACCCGGCCAACUACCCGUCCAACGUGCGCUGCGUGUGGUACCUGACGGCCGGCAGCCACUCGUCCGUGCUGGUGCACUUCACGGCGCUGCAGAUCGCCGGCGGACAGGACUGCACCGGCGACAAACUCACCGUCCAGCAGAUGCUGUCGGAGAGAACCACAUAUGGAGACGCACCUAUAUGGCACAACCACUGGUACGUGGACAGCACGUAUUGCGGUUCGACAGUACCGGCCGACAUCUACACCACGCGCGGCGGGCUGCGGCUUCAGUUCACCUCGGACGCCGACACGCAGAUGGCCGGCUUCAGGGUCCAGUACUCCCUCGCUCCGUGUAACCGGUCGGUGUCGGCGCCCUACGGUACCCUGGUAUCCGCCUGGGAGAGCUCGGGCACGGGCACGUCCGUAUGCCAGCAGCGCGUGGACGCGCCCGCCGGCACCGUCAUCACAGCCGUGGUGUACUCGACCUCCGUGCAGUCCACACAGCGGAACAUCGCGGGAGGCAACUGUGGCCGGCUCCGGGCCAAGUUUUUGGACGGCAGCUCCAGCAGCUCCCCUCUGCUGGCGGAGGAGUGCGGCAACAUCUACCAGAAGAUGGGCGUCAUCUCCACCGGAAACCACCUGACGCUGCGGGUCGAGGCCGCCGAAACCUACCGGCUACUCGCCAACUACUUCAUUUCGGAAGUCGGGGCUCACUGCGGAGGCACCUACCACGGAAUGCACGUGCAUCUGUUCAGUCCCGGCUACCCGGGCAACUACUCUCGUGACAGUGUCUGCGAGUGGACCUUCUCAGUGCCCAGCCCGUACAAGAUCGGCAUCUCAUUCGCCAACGGGGUAGACUUUUCGUCAUCGCUGGGCGGCUGCAACAGUACCUACCUGGCCAUGUACUCUGUCUCCGAUAGUGGCACGCGCACCCUGAUGACCACCAUGUGCGGAGAGUCCGGCCGAAUGGCCAAUCGAGUGACGACAACCAGCAAGAUUCUGCUCCAGUACCACACGGACACUUCCACCACCGGCAACGGCUGGUUCAUGUACCUCCGAGCCGUCCAGCAGACCUCACAAGGGAACACCGUUCUCCAUGCGAGAGACCGUCCCACCUGACGUCACCCUGCACGGACAACAGCAGCCUGGGGAUGAAAUCAUGCAUCUGUUCCGCCACCACGCUUAACACAUUUGUUCCGAUGUUAUGUAAUGCCAAUAUACGCUUGUCAUAGUCUGAA